UGUUGUUUGCUGGGUCUCGCUGCGUAUUGAAGGGUGUGGACGGAGAACAAAGAUGUCGAGGAGCAUGCCGAGACACAAGAACGAUGCCCUGAUGGUCGCUGCUCCGCGAGCAAGCAUGGCCGAAGUGGAGCGGGCGGGGCCGGCUCAGCUAGCGGACUCGAAACGCUUCUGGAAGAUCGAGAAGCAGGAGGGUGACCUGACCGGGCAGCUGGGGGACCUGGAGCAGGGGACGAGGCAACGGAACCGAGAGUUCGAGGCUAAGCUAAGGGCGAUCGCGGAGAGAAUCCGGGGGCUUGAGGUCGGGAUCGAGCGAGAGGUCCAGGAGCGUGAGGAAACCCACGCGGUCAUGUUCACGGGAUUGCAGGAGAAGCUAAAGGCGGCGGCCGCGGCAGUAGAGGCCGACGCAGAAACUUCCAUUACCGAUCGAUUCGAACCGGGGCUUUCCGAAAACAUGGAGAGAAUAGAAGCCGAUGACGCGCGGGUGGAAGAGUUCGUGCACGUGACAGUCCCGCGGAUCGUCGACGAGCAGAGCGGUGCCGUUACCCGAAAGCUGCAGAAGGCACGGGAAACGUUCGACAUCGAGAACGCUAAGAUUGCCAAGCGAGAGCGGAAGCUGGUCUCGCGGUUUGAGACCCACGUCAAGGGAACCGCGCAGAGCUUUGAGGACGAAGAGGCUACACGAGUGGGCAAGCUUUGGCUCCUGGGCGAGGAUCUGCAGGCGGUCGAGCACAUGGAUGAUCGAGGCGAUGAAUCCCUUCAACUCUCGAUUGUAAAGACAAUAAAAGCGACCCGAGGAGACGUGGCGACGUUGAGUAAGGAGCGAGGUUACCAUGACGGCUUGCUGUUGGACUCGCUGGCGCACGCUCAACAAAAGCUCCAGCGAUGUAUUCUAGAAACGUUCGGGACAAAGGAAGAGGACGACGACUGCGGUGACUCGCGACCAGGGGGGCAUGUGGAAUGAAGGGGAGGGUACACCGGAGCGUGUACAGUGAACCUUGCAUCGCACCUGCGCAUCAUCCUCUGAAAGGAUUGGGUGUGCGCUUGCUAUUUCCUUUGCUUGGGGGGGUUGUUUGUGCUUUGCGGCGCGGGCUAUUUGUAGGCGUCGAAAGCGUGUGGGGGCGCGGAAGGAAUCGAGAAUGGAGGGGGAAGAGUGAAAGAAGAAACGGGGAGGUCUCUGGAUCGUUGUUGAUCUCUUGAGCGUGUUUCGCCACCCACUGUAGGCAUGGGCAUUGACCGUCCCCCAAAAUAUUUACAAAACCACGUUCGUUGCUCAUUUGUGGGAAACCGUCGGCUCCUUCACAGGCACGUUGGUUCUUCUACCGCUUGAUGUGCGCUCAGUCGAAUGCGAUUGUAUGUGAAAGGCAGCGUUUGUAAAGCUUGACUGGCCGGUUCAAAUUUGGCAACAUUUGUGA